CGGCUCAGAAACUCGACACCACUCCGACACGAUACACACACUGUUCCGAAAAAGAAAUAACCAAAUCCGUCACCACCGUCGUUCACACACGAGCGAGGUGCGCGCGACCAUCCCUGCCCGAUCAGUUUUGCUGAAGAUCACUCCGUGCGGUGUCAUUAAAGAGGGGCUGAAGGAAAAAUCCCGUCAUCCCUUGCCGUAGUUAGUGGAAGCUGCGUGUGCGUUAGCUCGCUGUAACUUGAACCGAACAAACCCAAACGAAAUGAUGUGCCUUCCAUUGGUUUGAUCGCAACACACUUGAAUCGUGUGCAUCCGAUAUCAGUGACGAUAAACAGUGCUGAAGAACACUUCCCAGUAAAGGAGACAACAGACCAAGAAGUCUUAUCCCACGCACGCACGCCAUCAACAGCGUCCCGAGGACGAGGUAGACACCAGCAAUGGCCGAACAGAACGAAAAUACGUCGACGAAAAAGAGUGUCAAAAUUCAGGACUAUAUUUCGCCGGGUAUUUCACGAGAGCGAAGUUUUAUACGCACCUCCAGCCACCAGAUCAAUAAUAGCAACAAACGGCGCAGUUUGGCAUUCACCCAAAGUCAGGCCCACCAGCAUGCCCAACAGCAACUGCGCGAGGGUCGCCUGGACGGGCUGUCGGGCAUGAACAACAAGCUGAACGUGCACGCGCAGGAAUUUCAGAUGAAUAACCUUCCCCUUAACGACCAUCGGUUUCCAUUGCAAAGCUCAAGGUCGCUGAACAUCUACAGCAGCUCCCUGCAGCACUCGAAGUCAAGUGUCGCGAUGCCGUUGGGUGGUAUGCACGGUCGGCAGCAUCACGCACUGCAGCUCGGUAGCAUCGGCAGUCCCGUCCCGAGGGGAUCGCUAAUGAUGCCCAACCAUGCGCCACUCCACCACGUCGGUGUGCAGCUGCAACCGUCACACAUGCCGCUGGUAAAUUCACCCUCUAGCAGCAACAUUCUUCACUCCAGCGGGCCACGCGUUAAGUUCGCGCCGGAACCGAUGCUUCACGCAACAGCACACGCACACAGCAGCAACACGCCACAUGCCACCACCAUCAACAGCAGUGCCGCUGCGGGCGGUGCCAACCACAAUAACAACACGCAAUUGAAUCUGGCCCCUUUGCAGCGCUCGAAGUCCCUUUCGUCGGCGGAUACGUUGACCCGCGGGUUGGCCAGCCUCGGGCUAGGCAUCGGGUCGGAAGGAAGCGAUAUCGGUAUGUUCUCGCCGGAGGUGCAAGCCGCCAUCAACCGGGCGAUCGAGGAUCCGAACCAGCUGAAUGCGCGCUGUUUGAUGGAUCUCGCCGCACAGCUGCUUCAUCGUGCCGUCGAUGGACGUCGCUACUCCUUACCCAUAUCGCGCCUGUGCAUUUCAAUCAUUGCAAAGGAGAAAAAGGAAACAUUUCUCGAGGCACUGCUCAACACCUGCCGCCAGUGGUACCAGGAGCGGGACAAGGUGCUCGGCGCGAUGCAAAACUCGAAGAACCCAUCCCGUCCACGGUUCACCUCGUUCAUGGCGUUCCUCACGGAGAUGUUCUGCCAGCUGAAGCGGCGUCAGCUGCAACUUCGCACCGAGUGUGACGGUGUCCCGCCUCCGCUGGUGCUUCUUACCGUCCUCGGCAAGUGCUGCGAAGAUUGCGUACAACCACCGGUCCGGUCACUGUCCGAGAUCGAAUGUUUGUUCUUUGUGCUGACCUGUAUUGGGCGCGAUCUGGAGACGCACCUGCCGCAGCAGCUCGAGUCCCUGCUGGCCGGUGUUCGCGAUGCGUUCCUCAACUCCGCCGCAUCAGCACCAGCGAUCCGGCGCACACUGCUGCAACUGAUCGAGCUGCAGGCGUCCCACUGGCAGCUACCCGGAAACACUGUCCUCUACUAUUAUCCCUCCUCCAAGUAACCGAUCGCCGACUACUACCAACUACUACAACGCAGCACCGACGAUCGGAAACGAUCCCCAAAACCAAAACGACCCAUGGCCCACGGGUAAACGGGCUGUUUACAUUUAAAUGCGUUUUUUGAGUUUUUAUGUUUUUUUUUAUUUUAUUUUUUUGAUGGACUGCAAGUCUGGUAGCGCCACUGAGUAGGGUACGGCCGCGGGCCGUCGCGAACGAACAAGACGAAUCGAACGGAACAAAGAAUUGAUAGUAAACUUUUGCUAACCAACACAAAAAAAAAAACCCAACAAGCACUGGGAGUGCAUACGAUCACUUUAUUCGAAACGUUCGAGAGAGAGAGAGAGAGAGAAAGAGAGAGAGAGAGAAAAAGAGAGAAGGAGAGAGAAAAAGAAAGUAACAGGGUGGAAAAAACCAAACCUAACGAAGCGAUCAGACUACAUUCCAUCAAGAUGGUGAAAAUCCACUAAAAAAAGAAGAAGCUUAAGUCACAAAACAAACAAAUUAAAGCAUGAAAUUAUUUAACCAUUCUAGCGAAGCGCUAAACGACGAUCAGGGACGAUCCCUUCAUGUGUAUGUUUGCUCAUCUUAAUUCGAUCGGAAUUUAUUUCAGGCACUCACCUCUGCUGCCGCCAUUAUUUAUCAACCUUAUUUAUUGCUCGAAAGGAUUUUGUUAUUCUCCUCAAAUGGCGAUUAUGAUUCCUUUUCUUUAUCAACCAAUUACGAAACGAUUGAUUUCCAAAUCGCCAUUCUUAGGUUUGUGUAUUGCUGUGCAAAAAUUAACUCCUGUACGCAACUCAUGUUGCGUUUGUUGAAUGGUUUCAUUGUCGCAUUCGUAACAAUCCUAACGUCAGUGCCAUCCAGCCGUGUGAUCGCGUAAACCCAAACACAGAAACAAGAAACAAGAAACAAGCCAACAAAAAAGGAAGACGAUCACACAGUGGUUAAAAUUAGGCAACCAUGCUAAUUGAACGGGAUGCAGGCAAACGCAUCGCGAAACAUAAAGGGCACAAGCAUAAUCCUAGUCACUAGUCGUGUGCAGCAGUGAAUGGAGGGCUGCACAUCGAUGCAUAACACCAACCGCCACUGCAACAGCUUAUCGUACCAGCUUAUCAGCCUGUACCGCCAAUCAGAUGCGUACGAACGAAAGGAAGACAAUUUUUUAACCGUGUUUUGUUCAGUUACCUCCGUAAUACGAGCUGUAACGCUAAUGCAUAGUGGCGUUAUGUUAGUCGGACAGGGAUAAUUUAUUCAAACAAUAUUUAGUCCAAAAAAGUCAAAAGUGAAAUUCUUUGCAUCAUUUACUACAAACCCACUUAAUCGUUAGGAGAAUUGUAAGUUUGUUUGUUUUUUUUUUAUAUGUGAAAAUUGACAAAUCAAUUAAUGCUAUAGUUUAUUACCAAGUUGUAUCAACAAAAACAAACAAAAAAAUGGAAAAUAUAUUAUCUGCUACGCG